AAUUUCCCAGUCUUCUUCCGCAUUUCGGCGGCCUUCCGACCGGCGAAGAUGGGAUCGUCUUUCCUCAGCGUGAGACGGUCUCGUUACCUUUCUCGUAAGUUACCCUUCCCUGGAGAUUCCAAAUUAGCCGGGAAAACCUCCGAGGAAAUUUGUCUCCGUCCGGUGAGGCAUGGUGUUUCAGUCCGUGCUUCGUUGGAGCAGUCUCAUGUUCCCUCGAAUCGCAACCUUAUUUUCGCUUACUCCGCGGUCACUGUAGUCUUAGCCAUAGCUAACCGUGUGCUGUAUAAACUCGCUUUGGUUCCGAUGAAACAGUACCCUUUCUUCUUGGCUCAGCUCAACACGUUUGGGUACGUCUUGAUUUACUUCACCGUUCUGUAUGUGAGGUACCAUCUAGGCAUUGUGACACGCGAAAUGAUCGCUGUACCGAAAUGGCGAUUUGCAAUCAUUGGUUUUCUUGAAGCUCUGGGAGUAGCUACUGGGAUGGCUUCUGCAGCCGUGCUUCCUGGACCGGUUAUACCGAUAUUGAAUCAGACAUUUCUGGUGUGGCAACUGGUUUUUACGGUCUUUAUACUACAAAGGAGGUAUAGGUUUAACCAAAUUGCUGGCUGCUUUCUUGUGGCUGUUGGUGUCGUGGUGGCUGUUUCAAGUGGAUCUAGUGCAGAUCAAAUGCUAUCAGGCAUUGGGUUCUUCUGGCCCGCCAUAAUGGUAGCAUCAGCUGCUUUUCAAGCAGGGGCAUCUAUCGUAAAGGAAUACGUUUUCUUUGAUGCUGUAAAACGUCUUGAGGGAAAGUCUCUAGAUAUAUUUGUGGUCAACUCUUUUGGAUCUGGAUUUCAGGCCCUUUUCGUGCUUCUCUUGUUGCCUUUUCUGUCAAACUUGAGAGGCAUUCCAUUCAUGAGCCUUCCAUCUUACCUAAAAGCUGGUGUGGGUUGCUUCCUCAACACCGGAGCAAAUAUUUCCGGAUGCGAGGGUGCUCCUCUUCUCCCACUUCUCUAUAUAGCCAUCAACCUCGCUUUCAACAUCUCAUUGCUCAAUCUCGUGAGAAUUUCGUCCGCCGUUGUUUCCUCCCUUGCCGUGAUGCUCUCAGUUCCAUUGGCGGUGUAUGUAUUGUCGCACCCAUUACCGUAUCUCCCGGGAGGAACAAAUUUGAGCUCUUACUUCAUGCUUGGGAGCUUCAUUCUUGUUCUGGGUCUUCUCCUCUACAACCUUCCCAUCGUCAAUUCAACCAAGCAAGACCCCAAGACCAACUGAAAGAUCGUUCAAGACGAUCAGAUUCGUGGAGGAAGAGAGGACCGUCGUUCUGCUCUCCCCGACAAUUUUCCACCGCCCGACCGAAAUCCCAGGCUUUAUUCACGAUCUCUGGCGAGUUUCCUCGAAGGUUGGAAUCCGGUUUACUGUUCAUUACGUUUGAUUAAAGUCGAUUUCUCGAAGAAUCAGGAAUUAUAUACGUGGCAGUAAUUUUCUGAGUU